CCCACUCCACAUUCGUCUUCUCUACCGGCUUUCGAGAGGACGCCAGUCAGUGCUGGGUUUCUGUGUCUUUCUCGUCAGCUUCCAGUAUUCUCUCCAUCCAUUCAUCCGUCUGAUAGACUCCUGGAGGGAUGGCGGAGCUGGAGGGCCUGGAGUUCGGAAAGUCAGACUUUGUGCUUCUAGACGAGGUGACAAUGGAGCAGUUUAUGGAGAACUUGAGGUUAAGGUUUGAGAAAGGCCGUAUCUACACUUUCAUUGGAGAAGUAGUGGUGUCAGUCAAUCCAUACAGACACUUGGAUAUCUACGGGAAGGAGGUCAUUGAGGACUACAGGGGCAGAGAACUGUAUGAGAACCCACCUCACCUGUAUGCUGUCGCAGACGCUGCUUAUAAAGCCAUGAAGAGACGAGCCAAAGACACAUGCAUCGUCAUUUCAGGCGAGAGUGGAGCAGGCAAGACUGAGGCAAGCAAGUACAUUAUGCAGUACAUCGCAGCGAUCACCAACCCUGGCCAAAGGGCAGAAGUCGAGAGUGUGAAGAAUGUGCUUCUGAAAUCCAACUGUGUGUUAGAGGCCUUUGGAAAUGCAAAGACCAACCGCAAUGAUAACUCCAGCCGCUUCGGCAAAUACAUGGACAUCAACUUCAACUUUAACGGAGACCCCACAGGAGGACACAUCAACAACUACCUGCUGGAGAAGUCAAGAGUUGUCCAGCAGCAUGAGGGAGAGAGAAAUUUCCACUCUUUUUAUCAGGUGUUACGUGGAGGAUCUGAUGAACUGCUGAAGUCUUUGUAUCUGCAGAGAGAUCCUGCAGAAUAUGCCUACACCAGUCAAGGAGCUUCUGUCACACUUGCGUCCAACAAUGACUCCUUAUGCCACAAAGCCGUGAUGGCAGCGCUAAAAGUGAUCGGCUUCACAGCUGAAGAGAUCAGCUCCAUCUACAAGAUCCUCAGUACAAUCCUACACCUGGGUAGCCUUCAGUUUACAAGUGAUGGUGAACAUGUCAUAAUUGUCGGAGAAGAUACAGUGGAGCACAUAUCUGAGCUGACGUCCACAGAUCCCGAGAAUACCAGAAAAGCACUUCUGUACCGUACAGUGGCUACUGGGGGUGGCGAGGUCAUUGAAAAGGGACACAGCCAGCAGGAAGCUAGCUAUGGAAGAGACGCUUUUGCCAAGGCUUUAUAUGAGAGAUUAUUUGCGUGGAUAGUGGGUCGUAUCAAUAAUGUGAUUGAAGUGAAGGACUACAAUCCCGCCCUGCAUGGCAAAAACACUGUUAUAGGUGUGCUGGACAUCUAUGGCUUUGAGAUCUUUGACAACAACAGCUUUGAGCAGUUUUGCAUUAACUACUGCAACGAGAAGCUACAGCAGCUCUUCAUUGAGCUUAUUCUACGACAGGAGCAGGACGAGUACCAGAGAGAGGGUAUCACCUGGCAACAUAUUGAAUACUUUAACAAUCAGAUCAUAGUGGAUUUAGUGGAGCAGCCUCAUAAAGGUAUCAUCUCCGUCCUGGAUGAAGCCUGUCUCACUGCAGGGAAAGUCACAGAUACUGUCUGCCUGGACAGCAUGAACAACAAGCUGGGCCAGCACCCUCACUACACCUCCCGGAAACUCUGUCCCGCCGACAAGACCAUGGAGUUCAAUCGAGAUUUCCGUAUCCGACACUACGCAGGAGAUGUUACGUACUCAGUUGAGGGUUUUCUUGAUAAGAACAAGGACCCACUUUUCCAGGAUUUCAAGCGACUGAUGUACAACAGUUCUGACCCUGUCCUCAAAGAAAUGUGGCCUGAUGGGAAAAUGAGUAUUACAGAGGUGACCAAGCGGCCUCUAACUGCAGCUACACUCUUCAAAAACUCUAUUAUUGCUCUAGUGGACAAACUGGCCUGUAAGGAGCCAUAUUAUGUGCGGUGUAUUAAGCCAAAUGAAGUGAAGUCUUCCCUGCUGUUUGAUGACGGACGCUGUCAGCACCAAGUGGCGUACCUGGGACUGCUGGAGAAUGUGCGUGUGCGUCGAGCUGGCUUUGCCUACAGACAGCCUUAUGCACGCUUUCUGCAGAGGUACAAGAUGACGUGUGAAUACACCUGGCCUAAUCACCUGAUGAGCUCUGACCAGGAGGCUGUGGAGGCCAUUGUGAACCAACAUGGCUUUGAGGAUGAUGUAGCGUAUGGCCAAACCAAGCUAUUUGUGAGAACCCCUCGCACGCUCUUCACCCUGGAGCAAGAGAGAGCCGCUCUCAUCCCCAUACUAGUGCUGUUCUUACAGAAGGUUUGGAGAGGAGCAUUAGCACGUAUGCGAUGCAGGAAAUUAAGGGCAAUCUAUACCAUAAUGGCAUAUUAUAAAUGCUAUAAGGUGAAGGCUCACUUCUGGGAAGUGGAGAGACGUUUCACCAACGUUCGAAACAUGGCCGACUAUGGGAAGAGUGUGGAGUGGCCGACACCACCUGCAGCCCUGGUGCAGUUCCACAGAAUCACACAACACCUCUACCGCCGAUGGUGGGCCCGACAGCUAAUUAAAAACAUCCCUCCAUCUGACAUGGCGGAGGUGAGAGCAAAAGUAGCUGCUCUGUCAGCUCUGAGCGGGGAGAGAGUGGACUGGGGCUACAGCCGUGCCUGGGAGAGAGACUACUUGGCCAAUGCAAAAGACUCUCCUCUGACGAGCACCAACUUUGUGCGCAUCACCAAAGAGCUGAAGAACAAAGACCAGUACAGCCAGAUCCUCUUUUCAUGCUCUGUCAGGAUGCUCAACUGGUUCAACAACACAAAGGACAGAGCUCUACUCAUCACAGACAAGCAUAUCUACAGGCUGGAGCCCAGAAAACACUUUAAAGUGCAAAAACGAAUAGCGCUUGAUUCAGUGGUUGGUGUGAGCGUAACAAGUGGCAGCGACCAGAUGGUGGCGCUACAUACUUCCUCUCAGGAUGACUUUCUAGUGCACCUACAGAGGGGCCAACUCAACCCAAAUCAGGACCGUGUAGGGGAGUUGGUGGGCAGCCUCACAGACCACUUUACACGAGUGAAGAACACUCCACUGCCGGUCAAAGUGUGUUCUACAGCGUUCCAGGUACACAUGAGCGGGAAACCGAAGAGCAUCACCGUCGAGACCAAACCCGGACAGACCAUCGCAGACUUCAAGAAGAGUCGAACCGGAUUCACCUUACUGCUGUCCCACCAGUAAAGCCAAGACUUAGGACUUAAAACAGUAUUUAGCCAUUCAGCCAUGACGGGACCAUAACUUCCAGAUAUUUCAAACAGGAUUGGAUAUUUUUGUCCAUAAGUGUACAUAUGCUUGAGUUUGAAUAGUUUGUGAUUGUAAACACAAUGAGGCUGUAGACAGCCUACAUUCACACGUGGUUUCAAAUACUAUUCAUAUCACAUUUCUGGAAAUCCGUUGCCCGCGUCACUUUCUCACGCCAUGUAAAACGUAACACGCCAGACGCUGUUGGUGGAAAACAUGCUGUAAAAUUUUUGAAGAAGCAAGGUUGUGUUGUUGCAAAGUCAAGCUGAAAAUGACAAUAUAGAGCUAUUCUACGCACCUCUUUUAGUUUUGAGACUUGUAAAAUGGAAUAUAAUCCAGCGCGACUGCAAGAUGUCGUAAAACCGCUUCUGUAUUGCGAACUGUGUUGCUGUUAUUGUUGUUUUACUGUUUUUAUUGUUUUUAGAACAAUACAACGUUGUUACCAUAGAAACCAAAGCAGAUAUUUAGUAAAAUGAACGAGCGCCACAGAACACACGAAUUGGAUCUGAACAGUUGCCAUACACACAGUGUGGACGGUCAAUCAUUUAAAUCCAUCAUUUAAGUACAAUAAGAUACACAGAAAUCAGAUUUUGGACUGACAGUCUGAGCGAGGCUUUCUACACUUGUUAAAAACAUGAAUGAAACAUGAAAAUAUCUUGAGUUUGUGUUCACCACAGACCAAAUUUCAGCCAUUUAGCCAAAAACCCAUUCAAAACAGCCGCUGACUUCAGGGCGAUGGAACCAGAAGAGCUCAAAUACAAGUAUUUGACACGUUUUGGUCAUCUCUGCAGUAGUCCUCUGUGUUAAACAGAAGGAACGUCUAAAGCAGUUUGUGCUAGUGUGUUGAUCAUGUGCUUGAAAUGAAGAUAUGCAGCAUAAAUUAUUGUGCCAAUCCGCUGUUAUUCUGCCGUCCCUCCUCUAUUUUUAAUUUUGCACAUGAAAUAGCCAUAACGUGUGUCAUGUCUUUUGAACUGUGGGCGAUAAUGUAAUAAUGGUAUUUUAUGAGUUCUCAACAUUUUAGAAGGAACAUUAUAUAGAUACGGCCUUUGCACUUUUCGUAACCUUCUGUAUGCAGAUUAUAUUUUUAUGUUCUAUAUGACUGUAUUUUUUUCUCAGUGUGUACAUUUGAGUUGUGGAGAUGCGACCAAGAGUAUUUUCAUGUGCCAGUGCUGUCACUGAGGCAGUACUCUUUCAAAAGGUACUAAUACAGUAUAUACUUCUAAAGUGCAAAUAUGUAUCUUUACAUAUGUAUUAAUAUGCUAAAAUGUACCUUGAAGGGGUUAAUAAGGCACAAAGAUGUACCUUUUAGCUUUUGUACCUUUUUUGUACCACCCAAGUGACAACUUGUGUACCUUUUUUUUUUCUUUUUUUCUGAGAGUAUUGCAGGAGUAUUUAACCAAGACCUCGGGUUAAACCUAAAAAUAUUGCUACUGCUUUGUAGUUGUAAUAUAUAAACAGAGGAGUGAUUUCAAUACUUAUUAAUAUUUGUCAAAUGCUGCAUUUUUAAAAGCAGCAACUGAACUGUAAUCAAAUAAUUUGAUGUUGGUUUAUUAAAUGCCACAUGCAGUAA